AUGGAGUUAUCGAUGAAGCUCAUGAUCGACACCAAGUCUCAGAAGGUGUGCUUUGCCGAGGCCGGAAGCGACGUCGUGGAGUUCCUCACCGGCCUCCUGUCCCUGCCGCUGGGCACCGCCCUCGACCUACUGACCAAGGAGCGCUUGGUCGGCAGCAUCAGCAACGUGCUCAACAGCGUGGAGAAGCUAGAUGCGAACUACAAGAGCAAGAUGCGGUGCCUUAGCCCGGCCGUCAACCCCGCCGCGCUCCCCCUCCUACAGCAGCUGUUGGACACACAACUCAGCAACGGUGACACCUACACAUGUGGAGCCUGUGGAUAUCUAUCGGCGAUAGAUGACAGAGUCUGCCCUAGAUGCAAAUGUUAUAUGCGCAGGGCUAUGACGGUCGCCGCCGGAAAAAACGGGACCACGCCGGUACCUGUGGGCAUGUACACUGUCGGGGAUGACCUGUCCGUGACUUCGGCCUCUUUUUUCGCGACGAUCUCGCUGUUGGGCAUCAAGGAUCUCAGCGCCUUGCAGGAAAAGACAGUGAAGAUCGGCAAGGAAGAGGCACUAGAGAUAUUUGCUGCUUCCCUCAAGUCCAAGACCGUCCUGUCGGAUGUCUUUCUACCGAAGAAGAAUGCUCGCCUCAAGAGAGAACAUCCCGAGGGAGUCAUUCACAUAUGACUUGGUGCUCCCUAUUUUAGAAUUCCAAAUACCUUCUGUUUUCGAUAUCAUAUUUAUGAGGAAGGAGUCAUAUGUGAGUGACUUGGAACUACUUUCACUUACUGCCAUAAGUUAUUCAUAGUGAAUUCCAAAUUUUACUCCCUAAGUGUCAAUUUGGGAUAUUUCUUGCCCUAUUUGAGGAGU